UUGUUACUGAGCAUUACAGGUAAGUGACCGUCAAUGUAAAAUGGGGAAUAUGUUUUUUUAUUUUUUCUUUUAAUAUAUUUUAAAUGUUUUUAUUUUUGUGUUCUGCACGUAGAAUGUCGUAUAAUCUACGGCCGCGGAGUGUUGGAGAAGCUUUAGAACAGGAGGAGCCUGAAAUCGUCGAUUUUGGAGGUGAAUCGAGUAAUGACGAAUCUGAUAAUGUUGAACAAAUGUCGAAUGAUGACACAGAUGAGGCAAGCGACCUUGGUGAAAUAGAAGCCGAGGUUGAAAAUCCGUCGAAACAAAGUCGCGCCUCGCUGUCACGUGCGAGAGGAAGACCAAUAACUACAAUGAAGGGAAAAAAUGGAUAUACCUGGUCUGUGAAACCGGUCGAAAGAAACUCAAAUCGACGUUCAUCGACGAGGAUUUACAUACCAGGACCAGCGAAUGACGCUCUGCAAUGUGAGGAAAUCGUUCAAUUCUGGGAGGUAUUAUUCACAACGGAAAUGCGCGAAUUGAUCGUGAAAUAUACAAACAUAAAAAUUGAUUCAACCAGACGUGAAAUUACUGACAAAGGUGGCAUCCUCCAAACUUAUCAUCAUACAACUGAUUUGAUUGAAAUAAACGGUUUCAUCGGAUUGCUCUAUUAUGCUGGCAUUUGGAGAGUCAAUCAUAUCGGCGUCAAGGAGUUAUGGUCCAACACCGAAGGUUACAACAUGUAUCGAGCUACCAUGCCUGGCAGACGGUUUAUUUUCCUUUCACAGUCGAUACGGUUCGAUGAUAAAACAAGGAGGCCACAAAAUAAUAAGUUCGCCUGUAUUGAAGAGUUAUGGAAUAUGUUUAUUGAGAAAUGUAAAUGGAAUUAUAAACCUCACAAUUUCUGCACCGUGGAUGAGCAGCUAUUAUCAUUUCGAGGGAGAUGUGGAUUUCGCGUUUAUAUAAAAAGUAAACCGGAUCGAUAUGGCCUCAAACUUGUUACUUUGAACGACGCGAAAACUUUUUACAUGAUCAAUGCUGUUCCCUAUACGGGCAAAGUACACAUCGAGAAAGGAUUGUCUGUUUCUGAAGAUGUAUUUUUUAAAGUUACGGCUCCUAUUCAUGGAACUGAGCGUAGUGUGACCUGUGAUAAUUGGUUUACUUCGAUCCCAUUAAUUGAGAAAGCCUUCAAAGAUCCCUAUAAAAUGAAAAUAACAGGCACAAUUAGAAGUAAUAAACGCGAGAUCCCGUUGGAAAUGAAGAUAGCAGGAGAUGCGGAAACUGGAAAAUACGGUUUUCACGAGAAUAUCACCUUACUAUCUUGGACACCACGGAAGAAUAAAAUUGUUUUAGUGGCAUCCUCAUAUGUUACAUCGACGGAAAAUGAAGCGGAAUCGCAUAAACCUCUCAUCAUAAGCCACUACAACACUACGAAAGGUGGCACUGAUGUUUUCGACAAAUUGUGUCACUCGUACACCGUCUCUCGUGGUACAAAACGAUGGCCAUUGCGAUUUUUCUUUGGAAUGUUAGAUCAGGCGGCUGUCAAUAGUAGAAUACUCCAUACCUGCCAUAAAAUGAACGAUUCGGAGAAGGCGAACGAAAGGCUUUCUGGAAGGGAAAGCCAAAAACAGAUUGCCUUCUACCUGUUGAAACCGCAGCUCCAACGCCGACUUGAAACACCGUCGUUGAGGGUAGGGAUACGAAAAAGUAUCGAAUCCAUUUUGUCUAUCGAUUCAACACCAACUCAAGAACAUCGAUCUACGUUUGAGAAACGAGUUCGAUGUGCAUUGUGCGAUCGCAAAAAAGACCACAAAACUAAGGCAAAGUGCCCAUCUUGCAGCCGAGCGAUGUGUGACGAUCACAGAGCCUACUUAUGUAUAGACUGUGCUGGUGUACAGUCUAUACAUAAAAACAGCAGUAUAUUUUAGUUUAAUCGUUUUUGUGAAUUAAAAAANUACA